ACACUGAAUCUGAAUGAAGGCACCGCCAGAAUUAAAUCAAUCUCGCACACUCUGCGAGUUAAGUUUGGAGGAAGUGGUACGAGAAGAAUGGAGGGGAAGACGAGGGAAGAGGUGGAGAAGAGCGGGAUGAUCGACACGUGGUUGAGGAAGCACCGUCUGAUUUACACCGGAGCUACCAGGCACCCUUUAAUCCUCAGCAUUCGAGAUGGGACCGUUGAUCUCUCCGCCUACAAAAGAUGGCUGGGACAGGAUUACAUAUUUGUUAGAGCGUUUGUCCCAUUUGUAGCAAGUAUAUUGAUUAAAGCUUGGAAGGAAUGCAAUGAUGCUACGGAUAUGGAAGUCAUUUUGAGCGGUAUGGCUUCUCUAAAUGAUGAGAUUGCGUGGUUCAAGAGCGAAGCUCCCAAGUGGGGUGUUCAACUGUCUGACAUUGUCCCUCAGAAGGCAAAUCAAGAUUAUUGCCGAUUUCUGGAAAGUUUAAUGAGCACAGAUGUCGAAUAUACUGUGGCUAUCACGGCGUUUUGGGCCAUUGAAGCCGUUUAUCAAACAAGCUUUGCACUUUGCCUGGAGGAUGGCUCCAAGACCCCAACAGAACUGAGGGAGACUUGCCAAAGAUGGGGCAAUGAUGGUUUCGGUCAGUACUGUAAUUCUCUAAAGAAAAUUGCUAAUCGGCGUUUAGAGAAGGCAUCUGAUGAUGUGCUCUCGGCAGCCGAAGUAGCAUUACUACGUGUUUUGGAACUUGAGGUUGAAUUUUGGAACAUGAGCCGCGGGGAUGCCUGAUCAACCCUAACUUCAGAGAUCUCAAAUGAUAUGAGCUGGUGAGCUUGUUGAUCUUGUUUCAUUUGGCAUGUACUAUAUCACUAUAUCUAUAAUGCAGUGAGUAAGAUGAAUAGAAGCUAUAAUGAUAUUCAAAUCCUCUAGCAAGACAGUGAUGCAUCUCACUCGUAAUAAGUAUGCCUCAUAGGCAGUAGUAAUAUAUACUGGACAUAUCCAUGCUCAUGCUGCUUAUAAGCUAGUAGCAUAUUAUGCUUCAAAUAUGGUUUAAAGUGCUUUCUUCAAGCUUCAAAAGUGGUCUUAUGUGCUUAGUUUUGUAAGUUUUGUGACAUUAACCUGAGAU